UGGCGUUUGUGUUUUGUGUUGUUCUGUCGUAUUUUGUUUGAAAAAACGUCGUCCUGACGACAGGUUUACUGACUUUUUUAUGAAUUACAUUGACGAUAUUACUAUGAUUUUAUUAAAUUAUGGAUGAAACCCAAAAAGAUCUGCCACAAACGUCGGAAAAUAAGCAUGUCCUUCCGGAUGUCGUACAUUCACAACAAAUUCCCACUGUAGAAGCCGUUGACAAAGAUACGGGCUCUGAAAUUGUGACGAGAGAAAGUGAGCAGGAAGUGGUUCGCGAUGUAUCUCACGAUAACGACGAUGUUACGACAGAAUCGAUAUCUGAACACAUUCCCCAAGCCGAGUACUCUAUUACAGAGUCUGAGCCAGGCCCCUCACAAUCACAGGACUUACCUAAACCUGAAACAAGCGAUAACAUAAAAGAUAGUUCUUUAAACCCACCGUUAAGUCAAGUUACAGCUUUAAGCCCAAAUCAACAAGAUUCAUCUCAUCACAGUACAUCGUGGAACCUAGAAAUUUACCAAUCAGAUAACCGCAUAAGUGAGGAAAGCCCCGUCAUACUUGCAUUAUCCUCGGACACAUCUAAAGAUGCACAAAAAAGUAAACCUAUAUCUAAAGAUUCUAGCAAUAAUACACCUCAACACUCACCGAGAAGCGAAUAUGUAGAUUCACUUAAUUUUAGCCUUAAUGAAAAUCCUGAUAGUACAAACUUACCCAAUGAAUCCAGUCCGUCUCUUGAAAAAAGUCCAAAAUCUCUCGACCAGUGUAGUUCUGGAUCAGAAGAGAUCAUCAAGUUGGAUAUUCGAGGACAAGGUGCUCCUAAGUUUCCCCUACAAGCUGCGAAAAUCAUAUUUGGGCCUCCACCAAGUGGCAGCACUGUAAUUGGCCCAACAUUGGAGCAAAUACCAGUGUUUCAGAACCUGUUAUCGCCUUGCCUUGUUGGUGCAAAUGAGGGGGUUAAGAUAGAGGAAGUAUUUGAAGAUAGUUCUUCCCCUUUAAAAGAGUGCACUCCUGACAAAUCCUUGACACCAAGUUCGGGAAGUGAAAAGAUUGAACAAGAUGUUUUAAUUGAAGAAAUAAUUAUUGAGGAUGACUUAAAAGAGAAAUGUAGUAAGGAUGUUACACCACCUAAAUCUUUUAUACCAGAUGAGACUAUGUCCUUUACGACUAUGAGCACAGAUUAUAAAACCAUUUGUGAGGAAUUUAAUGUGAAGCUUGUGCAUUUGGAAGAAGCUAUUGCAAAACGCGACGAACUAAUCGAGGAACUAACGGUCUCAUUGCAGCGUUCCGUCGACGAACGGGAACACCUUAAACACGAAAAUGACCACCUCACGAACGAAGUACAGAACCUACAGCAUAUUAUUGGUGAAAAGUCUCAAUCUGAACACGAUACGAUCAAAGCACACCUAUCCGACUUCAUCAAAUACCAAAGCUUGAUAAAAGGUGACUCUACAAAAUACUACUCAGCAUUGAUGAGCGGUACUACGUCCCUACAAAGUUCAAAUGGAGAAAAAGAUAUGGAUAGAGAAGAGAUAACUGUGAACUACUCAAAAUCUGAUUUAAGAUCUAGUUCAUCAGACGAAUUCCAAACGGGUUUCGAAAACAAAUUGACGCUUAUACUAAACAAUUUUGAAGGGUGCAUAGAAGAUAAUAUGAAGAAUAAAUUGCGUGAGAGUUUAAUUCAUUUGUUGUGUGACGAAAUUGGUAAAAUGAGGGUAGAUUUUGACACUGACAUAAAAGAGCUAGAAACGCAAAUGAAGCAGGAUAAACAAGCUAGUAUAGUGGAGUCGAGACGCUUAAGAGAGCUUUUAAGUUCGGUUAAAGCGGGUAAUGCAGAUAUCGACGCUUUGAGAGAGGAGUUAAGCGUCAAACAUGAGAAAGAGAUGGAGAAUUUAAGGACAUACUUUGAGAAGAAAUGCUCGGAUAUGGAACGAAGGAAAGAAGGUUACUCGGAGGAGGUGUGGCACGCGCGGUCGCGGGUGUCGCCCGCGGGCUCGGCGUGUGAGCUGGAGUACGACCUGGCCGCGGGAGAUGCGAAGCGACGAACUCGCUCCGUGGAUUUCAGCUCACUUAAUAUGGAGACAUCCACCCUGGUGGAGAGCACGCUGAAACAGAUCAACAAGAAGCUGGAACACCAGCUGCUGGAGAUGAAAGCCGAGCACAUCGCCUACGUUGACGAGUUACAGGCGAGGCACAGAGAGACCGUCGUUGCGUUUGAGGACCAGAUAACUCGUCUAAAAGCCCACAUCCAAACCACAGACAACACAGAACACAAUGUGUCACUGUACCAGCAGGACAUCGACUUAGAGCUAGAGAAGGACGCGAGCCGCGAUGACGACGUGCGCAAGCAGGUGCUGCGCGAGAUGCAGGAGCAGCUGCAGGUGCUGCUGUCGGACCCUGACGCGGAGCUGUCGAGCUGGCCGCUGGAGCUGGUGGCGCUGAGGGACAGGAUCCACGCAGACAAGUCCAGCCAGGAGAAAGAGCUAAGUAUUCGUGAGGAAGCGCCAGGCGAGGCGGACAAAUGGCGGCAGAGGCGGAAUAACAGCUUUGACCAGAACAGGCAACUUGAGGAGGUCACCAAAGAAAGGGACGGACUGCGGCGCGUGGCGGCGACGCUGCAGCGCGCGGUGACGCAGCUGGUGGCGUACUGCGCGAGCGCGGAGGACGAGCUCAACCGCACCGUGCUCGCGCAUCUUCUGGGACCUCUGCUACACGACCAGACACUCGACUUCGAAUCACGUCCAUCGAGCCCCAAUAAAUCAGAUCUGAACACGAGCGUGGUAUCCCGGGGCAAGCACGUCCACUUCGCGCCGGACCUGGACGCUAUCCUGGUGUCGUUGGACGAGGAAGGGGUGGUGGGCUUCCUCCAGCAGCAGAGAGACAUCAGCCUGGACAUCAAGAAUGAGCUGGAGCACUCGCUGAAGAGGCUGCGGAAUGAGGCGCAGGAACUGCUCGAGCUGUCCGCACGACUUACCAGCAGCAAAGCUCGUCAGGAGUCGAAGAUGCUGGAAUCGAAUCCGGUGCAGAUUACGGAGCUGGUGGAAGAGUUAGAGAUUAAACCGAUGUCCUGCGAGAACUGUCAGCUGCAGCGGAAGAACAUGGAGGAAGCGAUGUCGGAAUGCCUGCAACGUGAAAACUUGCUCCGGUCGGACCUCGAGGCCGCUAUGGUGAAGAUUGCGCUGUUGCUUGGGGAACGAGCUCAUUCCGACGUCAUCGCAGAGGGGUACGGUACGGGGCCGGGCACGGUGUCGGCGGCGUGCCGCUCGCUGGACGAUGUGUCGUCACCGCGCACGCAGCUGUCGCGCGUCGCGCACGACCUGGACGCCGCGCUGCGCGACAGGGACGACUUGCAGCAACAGUUGGAGGCAGCCAACCGCCAGCUGAAGUCAACGCGUCAGUUCGUAGAAGAGCAAGCGGCGGAAAGAGAGACCGAGCGCGAUGAAUUUGCGGCGCGCUUACAAGACAUGCGCGAAGAAAAUGCGCGCCUAGCCUCGCGACUGCAGACCAACGCGAGGAUACUGGGCGAGAUCCGGUGCUUGCGCCUCGCGUCUUGUAACUGUCGACAGCACGAUGCACACGUGGAGCAACUAGAAACCCAAACCAGAGAAAUGAACCAAAUAAUAGCCGAACUAGAAACCAAAAAAGCUGCAACGGACGAUCAGCUCAAAACUACAGAGGAAAAAAUCGGUUUAUUACGUGACAUCAUUGCUGACUUAGAAAAUCAACUUGAACAGAAGACUUUAAGAGAAACAGAGGUGUUAGAGCAGUUAGAACAAAUGAAAAAGACAAUAGAUGAAAGGGACAGGAAGAUGAGAGCGGUUUUGGGGGAGUUGGAAUCGUUGAGGAGUGAAAGAGUCGACCAGAGUGAAGUGACUUGCCUUAAAUGUUGUCAAGAAGAAGAUAGGUAUAUGGAGCUGGUGGAGAAAAUUAAAGAACAGGCUCGCUGCUUGGAGGAGAAGCUGGCUCGCAGCACGCGGCGCCUGGAGCGCGCGCACGAACGCAGCUCUGCGUGCACGUCGGAGAGGACGGAGGACGUGUCCUUGCACGAGCAGCAGGACACGCAUCUUGAGAUGAAAUCCCCGGAAUCGAACCCCAGUCCCCGCGUGGAGCCGCUGUCGGAACUGUCCCGAGUGUGGGAGCGCUUGGAGGCGCACUCGCGCGCAGAGGAGGCCGCGCUCAAGCGCAUCGCGGACCUGGAGAUGCAACGCGCGCAGUUGAAAGAUAUUGCUCAGGAGGUGCGUGCUGAGCGAGAUGUCUUACAAGCGCGCAUGUCAGAGCAGGCUUUACGCAUAUCAUCCUUAUCGGCGCGCCUACAGCAACAGAGGAACGAUGCGGAGGCGCUGGCGCACUCCGCCGCCAGCCAGCUCAGCGUACAGCUGCACGAUACACAGGCCGAGGUCCAAAGAUUAAAAGAAGAGCUAGAAGCCAAAGACAAGCAAUUACAGCGGAUAAAACAGAGUCUGGAGGAACGAGACAAAAACGGUGACCAGAAUAAAUCUGUCUAUGGAAAUUCAUGUAAUCCUAAAGACAAAGUAAUAAUAUUGGAACGGGAGCUCUCCAACGCUCAGUCCAAAAUCGCCCAACUUGAGUCCAUAAUUCGGGGCCUGGAGAGCGACAAAGACAAGCUUCAGGCCACAGUCCGGGAACAGCAGCGGGCUCUGGCUGAGAAGGAAGAACAAUUGAAUGAAAUUAUGGCGCUCAAAUUGGAAGAUGAAUACAACCAAAAAAGCGAGAUUGUUGAGGGCAAAGCUUCCGCUCGUACGCUCAGCGAUAUCGUCUCCAUAUCAGAGUUCGACGAACAGGACUUGCAAAUGCGUCGGGCGGAGUUAAAAGCCCAAAACAUCAGUCCGAAUGCACCCGAAUUCAGAGAUAAAACACUUUUAAACAGAACAUUGGCGCCGGAAGUACAACGACCCAAUAUGAGUUCGUUAAACGUGGAAUUCGGCGAACAUUUCGACGUUAACUAUACACCAAGAGCUGACUCCUUACCCGUACAUUUAACUUCAACUCAAAACAGGGUUCUAUACACGAGAAAUGCCAACGAAACCACAAUAUUCGGAAACAGUGCCAAACAUUCGACCGCUCAAAACAUACCAGACAAUUGCUCAAUGUACCCCAACAGAGAUGUUAAUGAAAGUAAAGACAUUAAUGUUGAACCGAAGAAGAUAAACUUUUCACUAGAACCCUGUGAUAAUAAAAUGGUAAAUGAGGAAUUCACGUCCCUGCGAGAACUCGGCAUUACGUUAGAUAUUAAACAGGAAAACUUUCCUGAUAUACUAACUCAGUUGAAACAUGAAAUAAAGAAAUCUAAAACGGAAUUAGACGUUUGCAAAUCUGAACUGAAAAAUGCAGAGGAACAACUGUGCGAGUUCCCAGCGUUAAAAGAGGAAGUGGAAGAACUCAAAGGACUAUUAGAAAAUACUAUGGCGACUAUGGAGAACGAUAAAAAGUUUUACGAGAAUCAAUUAGAAAGUUUCUCCUCGAACAAGAAGCUUUUAGAACAAAGGCUAACUGAAAUGGCUCAAGAAGCCAGCGAAAAAUCAAAGGACCUACAUUUGCUCAAAGAAGAUAUCCUAAGACGAGAAAACAUGAUUCUAGAACUUGCCAAAGAGAAAAGAAAUUUAACAACAAAAUUAUCCGAUCUAGAAGUGAAAAUAAGUGAACUCCAAUCACGAAAUACUAUAUUAGAGAAAUGUGAAAUUGAAAAUAAACAGUUAAGAGAAAAAAUAAAUGAGCUACAGAAACUAGAACAAUUAGUUACUGAGAAAAACCACCAAAUCGACAGUUUAAAUCAGCAUUUAGAUCGAUUAGAUGAUCUACAGAGAUGUCUAAAUGAUAAAAACGAAGAAUUGGCAAACAUAAAAGCUGCAUUAGAAGAGAAAACGAAUGAACUAUUCCAAAUGCAAGAUUCCGUUGGCACUUUAACUCGGGACAUCGCUAAAGUCAUUGAAGAAAACGAUCAACUUUCAUCCGAAAACAAAGAACUGAAACUACAACUUAGUAAACUGGAGAAAGAACAAGAAAACGCUUCCUUAAAACUUCAAAAUAGUGAAACUGAGUUAGAAAGGGUAAACUCUUUGAACAGCGACUUGGCUUUAAGAAUAGAGGAAUUAAAAUUACUGAAUGACAAAUUAAAAGAUAAGGAGACUGAAAUAGAGAUUCUCCAAGAAGAUUUUAACUUGUAUCACAAUGAAAUAGCGGCGUUAAGGGAGCAACUGAAGAUGGUGUCAAGGAGUCCUUCGCCGAGGAACAAGAAUGGCGAAGAUAAGAAGACUACGGACCGACAGGCGAACAGUGACAAGCGACAGUUAGCGAAGAUCAAGAAACACAUCUCGCUUUUGCAACAUGAGCUCGAUUUUCACAAGAAGGAAUUAAAUGACAAGGCCUUCGAGCUAGCAAAAGCAAAGUUAGACCUAACGGAAGCGCGCACCAACUUGAGCCAACUCACGAAGGACUUCUCCGACAAAGACGCCGCGACUAACGAGUUGCAGCAACUAACUAGAAGCUUGCAGCAGCAACUCGACAAGCUCACAGCGGAGAAACAACAGCUUACGCAGCAGUUAGAGGUCGUGAUUGCUCGGUUACGUGAAGAGUCCGACGUAAGCGAAUUGAAAGAAAAAUUGCGCGCGAAAGCCGAGAGGUGCCGCGAGCUUGAAGCGGAACUGAUCAACAUGAAGGAGCUGGUUGAAAGGGUCAAGAGAUCGCCCAGUGUGGAGACUUCGGAUGAAAGACGGGCCUUAGCAGUGCGCUCGCCCACGGCUGAGUUGGAGCGUGCGUUGCGCGACCAGCUCAACUACUCCCAUACUUUGGACGAGGACAUCAUGGAACAGAUAUUAUCAGCAAGUAGUGACGAAAGAGAAGACAUUCCGAGACUGGCUUUGAAUAGUUCAAAUCGGUCCACAAGUUCCAUUCACUCGUCAUCAUCGGAGCGCCUGCAUCGGCUGAGGAGUGACAACGAGAAGCUGGAACUGCAAGUCAACAACCUGGAGUGCAGGCUCCAGGACAAAGAUGCUCUCAUCACUGAGCUGAACAGGGUCCGCGAUAAGUUGUCUCAAGAGUGCCAGUCGGCGCGGCUGCGGCUGGAGGCCGAGCGCGACAACUCGGCGCGCCUGGCGCUGCUCCUGGAUUCGCACAAGGACACGGCCGACACGCUACACAACCAAGACUCGAGUAUGAUCGACAUGCUGAAGCGUCGGCUGGAGAGCGCCAUGAAGUCGGAGCUGGAGGUGCAGGAGAGGGAGCAGGCUCUGCAGCGCCGAUUGCAACAGCUGGAGCGCGCGUUGCCGCCUGCGGAACCCACCGACAAGUUGCGACAGGAGAUGGAGAACAGUGAAAGACUGAAAGGCGAGAUAUCUCUGCUGAAGUGCAAACUGGACAUGGAGCAGCGUCGCUGCAGCGAGCUGCAGGCGCAGCUGGAGCACGUGCGCAGCGCGGCGCACAGGGACGCGGACACGCGGACGCAGCUCUGCACGCAGCUGAAGGAAGAACUCGCUGAGCUGAGGAGACUAAAACACGAAACCGGCGUAGAACUGGCGCGCAGUAAGGAGUUGCUGCACACACAGAGCACUACCAUCGUGCAGCUGGAGAAGAAACUUGCAGCUGCCGCCAAGGCGAGGAACAUUGACACAUUCACAGUAAUCGAAAACGAAAAAACCGAGUUAGCCCGCGAGAUCUCGUCCCUGCGUCGCUGCCUCACCGUCGACAGCCCUGACGCAGCGUCAGACAAACAGAAGCUGCAGCAGUUGCAGCUGCAAGUGCAGCAGUUGCGCGCGCAGCUGGAGGCGAAGACGCAGCAACUCAGCAAUGACGAGAAGGAACAAGCCAUCCGCUACCUGCACGGGCGCUGGGCGCGGCUGGAGAGCUGCCGCAAGGCGCUGGUGUGGCAGAAGCGUUACCUGCAGCGAGUCAUAGCCGGCUACGCGGAGCUGGAGCGCAAGCUGCAGCGAGCGAGCGACGCCAGCAGCGCUACCCCGCCUCUACGCGGCUUGAAAAAGUUCAAAUGUGUGGCGUGGGCGCUGGUGGCCUCCGCGCGCAUGUCGUUCCUGGUGCGACGGCGCGAGACCACGCGCGCGCUGGCCGCCAACGCUCUCUUCCGUCAAAGCCCCGCCGGAGGACAAGCGCCGCAGCCAAUGACACCGUUUUCGUCGACUCCCGCGCCGCGCGAGCUGGGCCCCACGUCCCGCGCGACCGUCGCGCGGCGCCUGCUCAACCUCAAACUACCCUCCUCGCCCUCAGGGUUGCCUGCAGAUUCCAUUCGGCGAUCAACGUUCGGUGUCAAUUCGCCGCGUGAAGAGCAAGUAUUACUUAGUUCCCCGCGCAGCGACGCCGCGGCCGCCUACAUGCAGCGAUUAGACGCCGUGUCCCGCAGGCUGCGUGCCGCCACACCGCGGGACAACGUCCGGGACAACCCCUGACCAACCUCACCCUCUUAAUCCGGGAUAACCCUUGAAAAACUCCGCAUCUAAGCGCGGGACAACCUCCGCCUAGCCUCGCUCCCCUUGCGUCGAAAUAUCCCUAUAGUGAGACAAAACCAGACUGGUGCGGGACGUCCAUGACGGAACUAAGCUGCGUCCCGCCGGAACUAAACUUCGUCCCGCCGGAACUGAACUAUCAGCCUUACAUGUUCGUAACGGUCAGUCCACUGUUUUAAACAUAUCACAUUUUAGACUCCACACUAUCAGAUUGUCUACGAAAGCGCUAUCUUAGUGACAUGACACACUUGCACAAAUUACGUGCGGCGUGUGUAAAGUUCGGCGGAUAAAUUUUCGGUCAUAUAUUGUUCAAAAAUUACUCCGAAAAGUACGUGAAGGAACCUUACACCUGGCAGUGCAUUUGUUUUACGCCUCUUAUCUCUUAUGAGGGAGAGAGAUAAGAGAUAGGAGUUUACGUGAUAGAAAUAGAGGCGUUUAUUAAAAAUCGCAGUGCUGUUCGAGUUAAAUUGCACUUUAUUACGACUAAACAAAAGUCGCUAUUUAUUUGAACAUGUACGGAAGGAUCCUUCUGUACCUGAAACAUACUAUUUAGUAUUUGGUGUUUAUAUUGAGUGAUUAUGCAAAAUACAUUGAAUGCAUUCUCGCCAAAAUGCGACCAAAGAAAAGUGCGACGUUACGCCGAACGCAACGUAAAUUCAGUACAUAGAACAUGUCGCAAUGUUUGGUGCGCACAAACGCACUGCGUAACGUCAAACUAACGCUACGUUUAGCGUAUGCUGGGUUACAUGCGUUGCGUUUAUACGCACCAAGAACCUUAUAACCCAGCUUUAAGCCAUGGCAAACGUAAAGGUUACAACACAUGGUCCAAGCUACGCAAAAAUAAUAAAACUCCGAAUUUAUCUGAGCAGAAACUGCACGUAGAAUACCUCAAAUUACGUCAUGUAUGGUGCUUCACUCGUGCUUCAUGUUAAAGUACUGCCCGUAUAUUUUAAAACUCGAUUCAUGACACAAACUUAGGAAUGACAAAUAUUUCGAUACCUCCCAUUGAGUUAUUAUAUCCCUUAAACAGGAAAAACAACGUACUUGGAGGUAUCUAUUUAUUGACGCUAAGAUCAGUUAGAACUUAGAAAUUAUACGCAUCUUAUGAUUUCGAUCACAGUCUAGUUUACGUCUAAAAUUUUCUUUAAAAAAUAUUUCUAGAUUUUAACUGGACUGUAAUUGGUAUAGUUUGUUUGCGUUUGGAUAAUAAUAUGAGCCCAGCUA